AUGUUUAUUUCAGUGGAAGAGCCAUUUAUUGGGCGUCAAAAGAAAAUUUUAGCCCUUUUUGAACAUUCAGAACAAUUAAAUCAACAAUCUGAAUACUAUCAACUUGGCAAAUAUUACAACAUUGAGUCUAACAUCGCCAAUUAUAUCAAUAAAGAUGCUGUUAAGGAAUUUUUGAUAUUAUUUAAAGCCGGUUUUCUGCCAAAGUACCACAAAUUCUCUGUUUUUUAUGAAAAAAUGAGGAAUGAAGCCAUCGCUAUGUUUUACAUCAUGUACUACGCUAAAGAUUUCGAUACCUUCUAUAAAACUGCAUCCUGGGCCAAAAUUAACACAAAUGAAGAACAGUUCUUAUAUGCCUUCUACAUUGCUGUGGUUCAGAGACCCGACACUACUGGUAUCGUUCUCCCAGCACCCUAUGAGGUCUACCCGCAGUUUUUCUUUAAUAAAGAAGUUUUAUUAAGAAUGUACCGAACCAAAAUGCAGGGCGGGGUGUACAAUGCUGUGACUGCAGUCAAUUACGGAGUUGUAAAAGAGAAUAACUCUUACAUAUACUACGCUAAUUAUUCUAACGGCUUAACUUACCCAAACCAGGAACAAAAGCUGUCAUACUACACUGAAGACAUCGGAUUAAACUCAUAUUACUACUACUUCCAUACACAUAUGCCUUUCUGGUGGAAAAUUGAUAAAUUGAGUAUCCUAAAGAAUCGGACUGGUGAAUUUUUCUUCUACUACUAUCAACAACUUUUAGCCCGUUAUUAUUUGGAGCGUCUUACAAAUGGCUUAGGUGAAAUUCCUGACUUCUCAUGGUAUUCCAAAUUCGAAACUGGAUACUACCCACAGUUGACAGGAAACUUUUUGCCUUUUACCCAAAGAAGUAACGAUUAUGAAAUCCAUAAUGAAAAUACCUACGAAUACAUCAGAUUUUUAGAUACCUAUGAGAAAACAUUUUCCCAAUUUGUGCAGCGAAUAGAAUUCAAAUCUCCUGAGAAAAAACUGAACUUCAUUGGCAAUUACUGGCACAUGAAAUACAAUUUAAAUGACGACAAAAUUAAUAAGGAGCUGCACCAGUAUUCCUAUGAAAUCAUCGCUCGUCACGUCCUUGGUGCUAGUCCCAAGCCUGUUGCUAAUCCAGAUGAGCUUAACUAUUAUCCAACUGCCUAUAUCAUUCGUCAACCUCGCCUCAAUCAGAAAUCGUUUACUAUAAAAUUUGAAAUUACUUCUGCAGUAGAGGUCGAUGCUGCCUUUAAGAUUUUCAUUGGACCGAAAUAUCACUCCACCGGAUACCCAACCAACAUUGAAGAAAGCUGGAUGAAAUACUACGAACUCGACUGGUUUGUGCAUAAGCUUGUUGUUGGUGAGAACAAAGUAAAACGCAAUUCAAGUGAAUUUUUAUUCUUUAAAGAUGACUCUAUUCCAAUCAACGAGAUUUACCAAUGGUUAGAUCAGGGAAAGGUGCCCUAUGACAUGUCUGUUCAGCCCGAUAAUAUGCCCAGGAGAUUGAUGCUACCUAAAGGUACCCCCGGUGGUUAUACUUUUCAGUUGUUUUUAUUCAUCUACCCAUACAACAAGCAAAAGAAAGGUGACAAUGAUUUCCAGAACUACAUACUGGACGAUAAACCCUUUGGCUUUCCUUUUGACCGACCUGUGCGUGAGACUUACUUUGGACAACCUAACAUGUUUUACGAGGAUGUACAAGUCUACCACAAGGGUCCAAAUUUCUCUUACGAGUUGAAUGUUCCUUUAUAUUUCUAAUCACGUCCAUUGCACUAAAUUAAUGAUAAAAAUGACUUUAGUUUAGAUCAAUAUGAACAUUUUAUAUCGCAAUGGAAUUAAAAUAUUUUU